AUGCCUCUUCCAAGCGGUACGCCGCUGUCUCUCCAAGGACAUUCUCGCCCUGGAGAUACUGUCCAGACCAAGCCUAAGCACGCUAUGAUCGUCCGUAUGUCAGCUGAGACAUUAGAAGCUCUGGAAGACUUGUCUAGCAACCCUGUGAUGAAUUUCGAGUUUGGCGAUAGUCCAGGCAUCUACAUCGGGGAGACAUUCUUUCCAAUGCGUCCUCUGAAAGAGAGUACUCCGCACGAAAUUUAUCUCAGGACGUCCUCUGCAGCCAAGCCAAACGCUCCAUUGAAGCUCUAUGCCAAUGUCAUGGGCAAAUUCAUUGUUGACCGACAACUUGGCGAGAAAGUCACUGAUAAAGUACGGCAGCAAACCAUUGAGGCGAAGAAGCAACAUUCCGAGCGCCAAACCAUCAUGCUCGAUGCACCGCUCAUAUCUGCGGCAGGCACGAAGAACCUGAAGCGGAAAGCGCCAGGUUCGGGAACGGUGGUAAAGAAAAGCGCACAACGCGACACUCUCCGUACCCCUGCUGCAUCCACCCCUGUUGCACGCAAAAUCUCGCCGAUACCACAGACUUUGUCAAAGGCGAACGCGGAUAUUCGCAGGCGUCUUAUCCACUUCCUUGCAGUUGAGAAUCGUGAAACAGACCUGGCGGUAAGCAGGGUUUGCGGGAAUAACUGUGAUGACACUGCAAAGGCUAAUCUACUUAGUAUCUUGGAGGAGGUCGCUGAGCAAGCCCUAGCCCGAAAAGGCGACAACUCUCCUCGGAAAUGGAGUCUCAAAAAUCGUACAUGGCUUGAAGUGCGUCCAUACGAAUGGGAGAUGUACAAACAGUCAGAGCGGACCAACGUCGCCCGACAAGGCAGAGUCGUGCUCAGUUCCCUCAGGAUACCCGAGUCUGACUCUGUGUGGGAUCAUUUUCGCUUUCGCAACGUUGCACCUCCCACUGGAGCUGCUCCGCAUCCAACCCACGGAGGUAAGACUAUCACCGGCCCACCUGCGGGUCUUCUCAAGCCGAAGCCCGAACCAAAACGACCUGCUAUAUCCAAAGAGCUGAAGCAGAAAGCGAAGGUAGAUUCUUCUCGAAUAAAGGGCGAUAUACAGAUGAAAGACGAGAGUGCGCGGCAAAGGGGUGACAUACAGAUGAAGGACGAGACCGUUAAGCUCCCUAGGGUGGCUGCCAUUAAGCGCGAAGAAGCCAGUCCAUCACCCAGUAGCAGCACCAGCACCAGCUCGAAGGGGCCGUCCAGACGAUUACCGGGCUCUGGAUACGUUGCUAAGAAGUCCCCUCAGCCUUCUCCUGCCGUUGAGACGGCAUCUCGUGAAGAUGCAGGUUCAGCCAGUGUGCGUCCUCAGCGACCGCUACCCCGCUUACCUCCCAAACCCGUACCGGCGCCCCCGCCGCCACUCCCAAGUCAGGAGAAGACGCCUAUCACUUCGAUGCCAACGAAGAUGACGAAGAAGAUGCUUCCACCCGAGGAGUCCGAUAGAGAGCGCGAGAGACAUAGAGAUAAGGAUAGACCGCCCAAGGAUAGAGUUACCGCUAGUGUGAAGCGGAAGAGCGCCACCCAUGAUGUAGGAGAUGCGCAGGACGAGGAGGGGCUCAAGGCAAACUCGUUCAAGAAGCGCAAAACGGAGGAGGGUCCAUCACAUGCUGCACCUUCGUCUUCAUUAAAAGGUCGAGACUUGUCUCUUCCAAAGAAGCCGGUCGAAGCCACAUCUCCUGUACCACCACCGCCGAAGAAGAUCAAGAAAGAGCAUUCUCCGCUUCCACUUCCACUUCCACUGCCUCGCACCGCCUUACCGACGCAGCCACCACCCCUAAACUCACCUUCCAAAAUAGAUCAACGACCGAAACUCAAUGGAACGUCAAAAGCCAGACGAAAGUCACCGAUAUAUACCUCUUCGGAUGAAGGAGAGAUACCAGAGCCGCCACGGAAGCCCGCCCAAGAUCCUUCUACGAAUACUGAUCGCUCAAAGGGCAAGGACGGACGUGCCCGCCCCCGAUCCUCAUACCCACUACCUCCUGAUCGUAACGGGCUACGUUCGCGGUACCAGUCCAAGUACGGACAUUACCUGGGUACAUAUUCCCAAAUCGUCGCACAGAAGCGGAAGAUCGAGGCCAUCUUAAACGGAGAAUCGGAAGCGGAAGGAGAAAUCAUGGAUCCGGAGGAGCUGAAGAGGCUCAGUGCCGAGCACAAGAACCAGAAAGAGGAGUUGGAGUCCAUCCAGGAGAAAUGGAUGAACGGGUCUGUAUCGGAAUAA